CCUUCUUUUCACACCAAGCUGUGUCUUCUGCAACUGUCAGGAGUGGUGGCUCUUCUUGGAAGCGCUUGAAAAAUACACCGGUCCCAGUUUGGAAGAUGGGUUGCAGACAUCCAGCCUGGAAUUGCCACUUGACGCAGGCGGAGAUGGCUCACACGUGCCGAGGCACCAUCAACCUGUCCACGGCCCACAUCGACACGGAGGACUCGUGCAACAUCGUGCUGUCCAACGGGGGCAGGACCUAUCACCUGAAGGCCAACUCGGAGGUGGAGAGGCAGCGCUGGGUCACGGCCCUGGAGCUGGCCAAGGCCAAGGCCAUCCGCAUGCGGAACAACCAGUCAGAUGACUCGGGUGACGAGGAGCCCGCCUCGCAGUCAGACAAGAGCGAGCUGCACGGCCCCCUGAAGACCCUGUCGAGUAAGCUGGAGGACCUGAGCACUUGCAAUGAGCUGAUUGCCAAGCACGGCGCGGCCCUGCAGCGCUCGCUCAGCGAGCUGGAGAACCUGCGCCUGCCGGCCGACAGCGGAGAGAAGAUCAAGGCGGUGAACGAGCGCGCCACGCUCUUCCGCAUCACCUCCAAUGCUAUGAUCAACGCCUGCCGCGAUUUCCUGGACUUAGCCGAGAGCCACAGCCGGAAAUGGCAGCGGCUGCUGCAGCAUGAGCGGGAGCAGCGGAUCCGGCUGGAGGAGACCAUCGAGCAGUUAGCCAAGCAGCACAACAGCUUGGAGCGCGCCUGCCGCGGGGCACCCGGCCUGGCCUCGGGCACUGCCAGCAUCUCCAGCACUGCCAAGGCAGGGAGUGUGCAGUCUGCCAAAGGAGAGGCCAGUGAUGAAGAUGAGGAGACAGAGUACUUUGAUGCCAUGGAGGAUGCACCAGCUUUUAUCACUGUAACCGCAGACCCCAAGCACCACAGGCGUUCAGGCAGCAACCUGAGCGGGGCCAGCGAGGGCCACCCCGAGGACUGGAACCUGGAGGACAGCGUCUUCGAGAGUUCAAAUCAAAGCAGCUACAAUGAGUCCAUGGGCAAAGAUCUCCUGCCGAGGAAAAGGAGACGGACUCGCAUUCCCGACAAACCCAACUACAGCCUUAACCUCUGGAGCAUCAUGAAGAACUGCAUUGGCAAAGAGCUCUCCAAGAUCCCCAUGCCCGUAAACUUCAACGAGCCCCUGUCCAUGCUGCAGCGGCUCACGGAGGACCUGGAGUACCAUGAGCUGCUGGACAAGGCAGUGAAGUGCGAGAGCUCCACGGAGCAGAUGUGCUUUGUGGCCGCCUUCUCCGUGUCCUCCUACUCCACCACUGUCCACCGCACUGCAAAGCCAUUCAACCCCCUCCUGGGGGAGACCUACGAGCUGGACCGCCUGGAAGAGCUGGGAUUCCGCUCCCUCUGCGAGCAGGUGAGCCACCACCCCCCAGCAGCCGCCCACCACGUGUACUCCAGGAGAGGGUGGACGUUGUGGCAGGAGAUCACCAUCGCCAGCAAGUUCAGGGGCAAAUACCUCUCCAUCAUGCCACUGGGCGCCAUCCACCUGGAGUUCCACUCCAGCGGGAAUCACUACGUCUGGAGGAAAGUCACCUCCACUGUGCACAACAUCAUCGUGGGCAAGCUCUGGAUCGACCAGUCUGGUGAAAUAGAGAUUGUUAACCAUAAGUCCAAAGAUAAAUGCCAGCUGAAAUUUACCCCCUACAGCUACUUCUCCAGGGAUGUCCCCCGCAAGGUGACAGGGGUGGUGAGCGACGCCGAUGGCAAAGCCCACUACGUCAUGUCCGGCACGUGGGAUGAGAAGAUGGAGUGCUCCAAGAUUGUCCACAGCAGCCAUGGCAGCACCAGCACCGAGGGCAAGCAGAAAACUGUCUAUCAGACACUGUCCCCAAAGGUCCUGUGGAGGAAGUACCCGCUGCCGGAAAACGCAGAGAACAUGUAUUUCUUCUCGGAGCUGGCGCUGACGCUGAACGAGCCCGAGGAGCGCGUGGCGCCCACGGACAGCCGGCUGCGCCCCGACCAGCGGCUGAUGGAGAGCGGCCGCUGGGAUGAGGCCAACGUGGAGAAGCAGAGGCUGGAGGAGAAGCAGAGAGCCGUGCGCCGGCGCAGGGAGGCCGAGGCCGUGGAGGCCCUGGAGGAAGGGAAGGACUACGAGGGGUACAUCCCGCUGUGGUUCGAGCGCAAGGUGGACGCCGUCACCGGGGAGCUGAUCUGUGUCUACAAGGGCGGCUACUGGGAGGCCAAGGACAAGCAGGACUGGAGCGCGUGCCCCGACAUCUUCUGAGCCCCUCAGUGCUCCGGGGCCAGCCCUGGGACAGCAGCACAGCCCGAGGGACAGCCAGGACACGCCGGCAGCGUCCCACCGGGCCGACACAGUCAAUACACACAGAGAUCCAAACAGGGAUUCCAAACCUAUUUUUUUAUGCACUAAUAAAUAGCAUCCUUUUUUUUUUUUUAAAUUUUUUUUUGUUUGUUUUUUUUGUUUUGUUUUGAUUUUUUUUUUUUAUAAUGAUGGCUUUUCCAGUGACUGCUCAGGAGUGAGGACACGUGGAGCUGGGUUGGGUUUAGGAUGUUCAUUGCCGUCAGGAGUUGCUGCCUAUAUCCUCCAGCGCCUCGGCUCCGGCGGCCGAGACGUCGACUUCCAAAGAUGCCUGGGGUAUGGGAAUGCUGUGCUUGUGUGAACUCUUCUCUUUGCCAUUUUUUUUCUUUUUUUGUUUUUUGGACCCCAUUUCUGUGUGGACUUUAUGGAAUUAUUUUUUUAUAAAAACAAAUCCUGCUCCUGGUUCAGGUUUCCUUCAAAGACGGACACGAACAACUCUGCUUGGAAAACUGUCCCCAGGAGCUUGAUCCCAGAGGCUCUUGGUGGUUCCACAGUGCCCAGUCAUCCCAGUAACACCCACUAGGAUAUUUCAGCUGGUGACUUUGGGGUUUUUGAUGUGGUUUUUGUUUUUUUCAAGAGCGUUGGAGGCACUUCCCCACAGUCUGAUGUGUUCAGGCAAAGCUUGGGCCUGUCUUUAUCAUGUGGGAGUGGUUUGAGUGAAGUUUGCUUUGGUUUUCCUGCAACCACAUCCGAAGGGAGAAAUGGCCUCAGCGAGGCUGGGAGUGCCAGGCUGGUGCAGUGAAGAGUUUUUAUCCCAGAGAUGCUUCUGGCUCCGUGUCCCUGCUCCAUAUCCCUGCACACAGGGGCUGGCUCUCCAUGCUGGCUUUUCCAUCGGUGUCUCCUGCUGAGCUGUGCCUGAUGUUGGGUGGGAGAGGAGGGAAGAGAUGCUGUGAUCCCACUGGGAUGGAGCCUCGGUCCUGCAUCUCCCACCCUGUUCAGCCAGACAGGCCUGGGCACAGGCUGAGGCUGGAGGCUCCCUGCAUCCCAGCUCCUGCUCCUGGCUCCUGUUCCUCUCCUCCCUCGUCCUCUCCCUGGCCUCUCCCUGCAGCAGUUCCAGUUUGGCAGGGCAGGGAACCCUUUGUCCCCUCACCCCUCCUGACCCUGCCCAGCCCUGGAUGCACCGGGAGAAGUGGAGCGAGCUCUGCUGGUGGCAGGUGAGGAUCAGGAGCACCGAGGGAAGCAGGAGGUGGCAGCACCCCAAACACGGGAUCUGCUGGGCCAGGGAGUAGCAGGAGCACCUGGAGAUCUGCACUGGCCCUGCUGGAUCCCAUUUUUGCUGUCUCCUUCUCCCAUCCUCCAUCAUAUCACACUGACCCUGCCUCCGGGGCCGCCCCGGGCCGGGCUCGUCACACCCACGUGGAAGUUAAUUAGCAAUAACGAACCUUGAGGCAAUGGUAACUGGAAUAUCCAGGCUGCACACGGGACACUUAUGCAAUCAGGUUCCUCAUCCAUCAGUCUCCUGAUCAGCUUCCAGCACUUCCAUCCCUGUGAUCCCCACAAUGUACAGUCCCCACGGCCCUGGACCGUGGUGCGGGGCAGCCCCCACUGCUCUCAGUGCACCCUUUAAUCUUAUUUAUUUGCUUCUAAUUUAUACAUAUAUAUAUAAAAUAUAUAUAUAUAAAAUUAUUUUGCUUAAAUUUCUAUGGUACACAAUAGAUGAAAAAUGAUGAAGACAGAGGUGUCUGUCUGAGUUUUUACAGCACAAGUACGAUUCCCCUUGGCUCAUCCCCGAGCUCGGGUGGUAGUGGAAUGAUUCCCAUUGCAGGGAAGCUCCAAAGCUGGAUCCUGUAGCAUGGAAAAGGUGUUCCAGAGACAUUCCCAUCUGGAAAUGAUGAGUCUGUGGUCUGAGGAGCGGCACUGGGGAUUCCUGGGAGUGGGGUGCUCCAGGCUGCUUCCCAAUGUCCUGAGAGUUGCUGCUCCGGAAUGUUCCCUCCUUCCUGGAGCUUUGCCCUGGCUUGGGAAAGCUGAUCUUAAAUGAUCCAGUCUGGGAUUCAGCCUGUGGAGAGCUGCCUGUGUCCUGGCCCCGGGUGUCCUACCUGGGAGAGGGAGGAUGCUCCCACUGAUCCCUGAUGCCGCUGCCUUGGCUUGUGGCAGCCCCGAAGUGUCCCGGGGGAUUUGUCCCACACGAGGCCUGGGCCGGGUCCGUGAUGGAGCUCUUCAGAAUGCCUUAUUUUCCUUUUUGCUGUGUCAAUGCAAGCGUCACCCGGGAGCUUGGAGCAGGGAGAAGCUCCAGCACAGGCUGUUCCCAAGCUGGAUCGGGGUGUUCCCGGGCAGAGCAGAGCAGGGAGUGGGAUUUUGCUCCCAAAGUGCUGGCACCGAGGGUCCAGCUGGUCCUGAGGGGUCCCCUGUGCUGUGCCCCCCUCUGUGUCCAUCUGGGAAUGCCCAUCACUGACCCUGCACAGCGGGGGGAGCACGAGGAGCACCCCAAACCAGAAAUCCCCUGGAUUUUAGGCUAAUGGAAAAAAUUGCUCCAUCUUCCAGAAAUCAUCUUGUCAGCAGCACUUAACCAGAGCACCAUCUCCUGGUCCUUCUGUUCCUCCUCGAGGAUUUUAAUGUCAUUCCACUGUAAAUGCUGUUGAAUGUAUUUUCUUUUUGAACAAUAAUAUAUUGUGAGUGAUCCCUCUUCUCCUACACGGAAAUAAAACUUGGAUUCGGGAGUUUUAAAA